CGAAAGUUAAUAAUCGAGGCAGAAUGCGGUUAGUGCGAUUGUUGGUAAGCUGCAGUCUCCUUUUAUCCACCACUCCGCUGUUGAUAUGCAGUCAAUCCACAGGUGAAAGAGUUACCUUUGUAGAAGAGAAAGGAAACGAGGAAUCCGGUGGCGUUAAUAUUGGUAAUUUCGACACGCAACAAAGGAACGUGAGAUUUUUCAAUGGGACCCGUCAAGGAAAAAAUCUAUUCGAUUGGAUCGGUUUCGGAACAGGAAGCAACACUGAUCCGUAUUUGGCUAAAAUUAACAAAGAUUGUUUGACCGGGGAACUUGCCGAAUGUUUCAAAUCGCAAGCUCUCACUUCGUUUUCCGAAUUUUUCGAUCAGGCAGCUUAUGCUUUGAACGAUAACGUAAACGUUGUAAGAAUGUCACGGCAAGUUGUAGCCGACGUUAAUCGUCAACCUUACGAAUAUUCGACCGAAGCUAGAUCCGACGAUUCGGAAUGGGAUCAAUUGGUUAAAUUCGCAUCGAGGAAAAUGGAAAAAUUUGUAAAAACAAUGGCUAUAGAAGUUAAUGUUCCAACAUCUGAGACAGGUGAUAACGAAAUUUAUUCGCCCAGAUUCAUAGAUGAAAUUGCUGACGAGAUAGAAACUUUGGAAGAUAAAAAGGAUUCACUUUUUUCUCGUCAUCGUUUCCGAAAAUUAUUGAUACCGAUGUUAAUAGUAUUGAAACUAUUCAAACUAAAGCUACUGUUAUUUUUACCAUUGAUCUUUGGUUUGGUGUCAUUCAAAAAAUUCUUAGCAUUUUUGGCAAUCGUAAUACCAGGAGUUAUAGGAUUUUUAAAAUUAUACAAACCGCAAAAUUAUCAACCACCGGUAUAUACUCAAAGUGGUGUUGGUUACCCUUACUAUAGGGAACCUUCCGGUCAAUAUCCUUACGCAAAUCAUCAUCCGGAUUAUGAUGGCAGUUAUCAUGGUGACACUGUAUCAUUUGGACAGGAUCUUGCGUAUCAAGGUUAUCGUAAAUAUCAAUCGAAAAAAAGAUAG